UGCGGUUUAAAACCCGUAAAAAUAAAGUUGCCAAACAGGCUCACUUCUUACGCAUUUCUUAAAGAAAAGUGUAUCAGACUUGUUUGAUUUUGAUAAUACUAACGAAUUCAUUUAACCAUCUAAAACAAGAGUUAAAACGAAACUUGUUUAAACAUCUAAACAAAAACAAAAGGACACUACCAAUUUUAUUUUUGAUUUAUGAUUUAAAAACUUGAAUAUUUUGUGAACAUGCCGAAAGCAUUUCUCGUCGGGAAAAGGUACUCUAGAAGCCGACGGCAUCAGCCAGAGAUUCGUCGGAAUGAAGGCAGAACAUCUGCAGAGGAAUGGCUGUAUCGAGAUAGUAUUUCACCAUCCGGUAUCUCAGAAAAUCAAGACGUUCCGGAUGAAGUCGACGGAGACAUUGUCACGCCAGCGAAAGAAAGAAGCUUUUAUCUCCCGUUGAUAAAGACAUUCGAUACAUGUGUUCCUCAAUCAGAAGAAACAAUGCAAUUGGACAACAAAGAUAACGCCGCACGCGAACACGCAAAAGAGGAUACUGAUGUAGUAUUUACAAAACAAGAUAUUCAUUUGCAAAAACAAGAUAUUCGAGAAACCCCGCCAUCUAAACGUGUUUCAAGAACAAUAGAUUUCAGUCUUCCGCGACUUCCAAGUUCAACGAUAGAGUCACCUAAACCUAUUUUAUCUCCACCAUUUUCAUUGAGCCCCUUAUACUGCAAACCGAGCCAUUUCCUAUCUCUAUCACCAGUAACAUCAUUUCCGUUUCGGCACAACGAGUUAGCAUCGCCGGACGCUCCAAUAGCAUCAGUAAAUCUCCCUACAUUGUCUCCAAACUUCCACCAAACUGGUCUUUUGAAAACAAUACACCCUUCUUACCAGCGAGGAACUGCCAAACAGCCGCAUGACCAUGAAAAUAAAGCGGCUGCUUCACCUACUUCGCCACAGUACACCGGACACUCCUCUCUCGGAAGAAAAUCAAGAAACCCAUCGAACGACUUAGACGAGUUUACAAAAUAUUAUAAACCUCGAAUUGAUGCAACGUUGCACAACUCAAACGACAAACAACAGACGCCAGUGACGACAUACAGCAGUGAACACUGCAUAUCUUAUGUUCAAACAACGAAAUGUCAGCAAAACAUUUUUUUCCCAACUCAUCAACAGCAACUGAAGACGAACAUAGUUCCGCAGAACAACACUACCUUAACUGAACAAACUAUUAAUCACAUAUCACAGAACAAAGCAGUCUCUUCACAACCUGCUAUCUGGAGACCUGUUCCUCAAAUGGCAAGCAACAGUUCUUUAUCUACAGAAAAACUUCUGGCCCCUAAAACUCCCGUUUUGCAACAUUCAACAGGGCAUCAAAGUGUCAUCCAACACUUUCCUCCUCCUCAGUUGCCGUCGCCAUUGGCUUGUACUCCUAUUCAGGCGCCUGUCUCAAGGGGACCCAGAGUGAAGAACGUUGAGUUUGUCAAUGGCGGCUACGGAAUAAAGAACCCACUUUUGUCUCAAAAUCAGGCCGAAGCAUUCUCAGAUGUCUUUGCUAACAAGGACUCAGACCGGUUUGUCUGUCGUAUCUGCCAGAAGGCGUUUCAUUUGCAACGUCUACUUAACCGUCAUCUCAAGUGCCACAGUGACGUCAAACGUUAUCUGUGCACGUUCUGUUGCAAGGGAUUCAACGAUACCUUCGACCUGAAACGUCACACGAGAACUCACACUGGUGUCCGUCCGUACAAGUGUUCAGAGUGUGGUAAAGCGUUCACACAACGCUGCUCUCUUGAAUCCCAUUGCAAGAAAGUCCACUCGUCUGAAUUCGAGUUUGGAUAUAAGGAACGGCGGGCAAAGCUAUACGUUUGUGAAGACUGUGGCCACACGACGACGGAACCGGGCCAACACUUUCUCCACUUGAAAACACUCCACCCUCAGAGUCCUGUCCUACUGCGCUUUUACGACAAACGCCAGUUUAAAUUCGCUGAGCAGGCCGUGUAGCGACGUAAGCGGUGUGAAGGGUUAGAUGGAGCUUCAGUUAUAAGUAUUCAAUGCAGACUUUUGCUGAAGAGGUGGACCUUCAGAAUUGACCGAUGACCUCGCAAAAAACUGUCCCAACUUCGUUUAGAAGACGAAAAGGAAUCGCCUUUCAAGGCAACGUUAAAUAAUAUUUUGCAAUCAGCAGCACAUGGAUUGUGAUACCAUCGCAUAAUUUUUUAUAACGCAAAAAAACAUCAUUAGUCACCUACCCUUUGUUAUGGCCGUUUUUUAUAUGUGCUUUUUGAGAUGUGUAACAAUAACUUUAAUACCGGAGCUGUGUUGACCAUGAUGCAUAAUAUCUUUAUGUGCCAAAAAUGUGUUCAUAGACGAUUUGUUCCUAUGUUUGUUCUAAUGUUUUAAUUACAUGUUUUAGAUUUUAAUAUGGUUGUCUUAAUAUUCUUGAUUGAAUAAAUUUCAAAAAGAG